AGGGGACUCCUGGGGCCGUGGGAGCCUCAUGGUUCUUACCCCUGGACUCCCAGACUGCCAGGGUCCCUUCCUCCAGAGCCCGGUCACCUAAGGCCUGAGCCCCCGGAAAGAGGGAGGAGGGUCGAUUUCAAAUACCCCCAGCCCCGCCUCUUCCCCCUGCCCACUCAGCUUCCUCUCUCUGCGAGGAACACUUUCACUUCCUGCUACUCCAGGCCUCCCCUCGGAGAACAGGUAGGGGUCCCCAGGGACUGAGCAGCUGGCAUCAUCACCCCCCCACUGACCCACUGCCUCCCUGAGGUAUCAGGCAGCUGCCGCCGUCCCAUCCUGCCCAGCACCACCCAUCUCCUUCUCCCCUUCUCAUGGGACCCAGGCAAGCAUCUGUCUCCCUCCCCCCACCCCUCCUGACUGCUCUCCCCUGGCCAGGGCACCUGCUCUCUGUCCCCCACUUCCUAAUACCCUGGGCUUCUGGUCGGUGGGCUGAUUGAUUUGUUUAGCUGUUUAUUUUCCAUCCCCUGUACCCACCCCAAGAAGAAUGGAAGCCCCUGGGAGCAGGGGCCUAUUCUGCCCAUCACCCUUUUCCUCAGGCACCCUUUUACCCUACUCUGGGCCUGUACUCAAUAAAUAUUUGUUGGAUGUAUGGGUGCACGGAUGGAUGGAUGGAUGCAUGGAUGGACCUAGGACUCCUACUCCUGGGACUGCUGCAGGGAAAAUAUUUUAGAAUGCCCACCUUAACUGAUAACCCACUGUAGGACUCUCUACCUGGUUAGAAGGGUUGGGGUCCGAUGGAUAGAGGGACAGAUGUGUGAUAAAGCAAAAAGAAUAAUAGUAAAAUCUAGGUAGCGGGUAUGUGGAUGUUCCCUGUAAAAUUAUUUCAGCUUUUCUGAAUGUUUUAAAUCUCUCAUAAUAAAACGUUGGGAGAAAAUAUCUGAGGGCUCCUCUGUGGUCUGGGAAGGGAGGGAGAGGAAAUGUGGUAUAACAUUUGUCACCGUUACAGAGUGCCUGCUGUGGGCAGAGCCCCUUUCCGGGCACUGUAUUUUGACAAGGUUGUUAGUUAGCUGGUCCACAUUCAUAAGGCUGCACCGGAUGUUAUAAUCUGAAAUAUUACCCUACCGCUUGGUAAAUAGCUAUCAGUUUGAGUCACCUUCCUCCCCCACUACGUCAAGACUCAAGACUCCUGGGAUCCCCAGAUCUCCCCACCAUCCAGCAAAUAAAGAAUUAAUACCUGGCACAGCAACGGGUCUCAAGUCCAUUCUGAUUGGUCAAGGUCUCUGCCAUGCGGGUUGUAAAUAGACUUAUCUUCCUCCCUGCCAGAGGCCAGACCAUGGCUCACUGGCCUUCUGCAACCUGAGGAUGAUGGUACGGCCAGAGGACAAGGCCUCAGCAGGCCCCACCGAUGGGGAGAGGUGAGGGCUGCUGGGGCUGUCUCCAACUCCUGCCCCUGGAUUCAGAAGCCCCUUCCAUCCAGUUCCCACCCGCCACAGGACCCAGAACCCCAUCUCUGACCCAUUGCCCCUGGGCUUCCCCUUCCUGUACCUUUGACCCCAUCUCAGUGUCCAACUGCCUUCCUCUGUCCCCUGGUCUCCUGGUCCCUGCAUGUCCCAGACUAAUCCCAUCACAGGCGAAUGGAGCAGGUGAGACCCCCUUAAGAGUCCUUGGGACCCCAGAGCCACUCCUUCGCCUUCAGAGGACAUGGGGGGUGUGGCAGAUCCCAGAGCUGGAUGCCCAGGAUGCAAAAGCCCUUCUGGAGCUGUGGCCGCCAGGGAGUUUCCUGGUCAUAGGACAUGAUCCCAGACAGGUCCUUGUGUUGAGGACAGGACCUUCACCAGGGGAAAUCAACACCUACCAGAUACUGAAGCUUCCUGGAGGUGUGUCUCUGGAGUCCUCUAACCUCUGCAUGUCAGACCUGCCCCAUCUCCUGGCCUUCCUAUCAGCCAGCAGGGAUGUUUUGCCCAGAACACUGCUCUUGCCCCCUCCCACUCUAGGGCCUGGAGACCAAAACACAGAUCCUCUGCAGAUUGGCAGCAUCCAACUCAACACCUCAGGGAGGGUGUUCUUUGUGGUGAACAAGCUCUACCUGGAGACCCACAGAGGGUGGGAGAUGGAGCAGACGCCCCCAGAGACAACUCCAGAGACUGCCGAGAGACAUGGUCCAGCCCCCAGGACCCCAGCCCCUCACCAGGUCUCCUGGGUGGAAGGCCCGCUCAGCCCAGAAGUACACCAUCCUAGGCCAGCUCUGGCCAGCCUGGUGGAAGAGAAGAAGGAGGAUGACUACAAAGAUGAAGAAGAGGGAGCUGAGGAUGCGCUCACGCGUCACAUCCGGGCUCUAGCCAGGGCCCGGAGCAGCUACGUGGCCAGGCAGUUCCGGGGCUUUCGGGUGCGCCUCACCUCAGAGGCUGAAGGUCCCCACAGGCCUGGGGACCCGGCCACAGAGCUGCUUCAGGAUAUGCGGCACCUCCUUGCUGACCUCCAAGAUCACUUAGCAAAGGACCCCGAUGUCAGGGCUGUCUUUGAGAGCAGGGCUCCCGGGGCCCCCCAGAAGGACGAGGAUCUAGGCCCCGCGGUGGAGGCGGCCCUGUGCCGGGCGGUGCUGGCGCCUCUGAAGCCGGCCCUGUGGACUCGACUCCGCACGCUCCGCGCCCCAGCUCUGCGGCAACUGCGGCGGCGACAGAUAGCCCUGCGGGCGGAGGCGGGGCCUCCGGGAGCUCAGGGGGCGGGGCAUGAGAGGCGGGGCCCCGUCCCCGCCCUGCGAAGCCGCAUCCACGCGCGCCUGGCGCGCCUCCACUCAGCCUGCGCCCCACGCCGCAAGGUGUCGCUCCUGCUGGCGGUGUGCAGUGACGUCUACGAGGGCCUGGCUCGGGACGAAAACCAAGAGCCCCUGGGGGCCGACGCCUUCCUGCCAGCGCUAACAGAGGAACUAAUCUGGAGUCCGGACAUUGGGGAGACUCAGCUCGACGUGGAGUUUCUCAUGGAGCUCUUGGAUCCGGACGAGCUACGGGGAGAGGCCGGGUACUACCUGACCACGUGGUUUGGGGCCCUGUACCACAUUGCCCACUACCAGCCCGACACGGGCCGCGCGCCCCAGGGGCUCAGCUCUGAGGCCCGGGCCUCCCUGCGCCAGUGGCACCGCAGGCGGACGCUGCAUAGACAGAGGCCCACCGAAGCCCAGGCCAAGCUGCCCUUUGAGGAACCAUGGACAAUAGAGAUUGUGCAAGAGGUCCACUCAAGUUCAGCCUUUGAUUUUAGACCCUAAGACAUAUUUUGGACAUCUGACCUUUAGAACUGCAACAGGAAGGCAAAGGAAGACUUGACACAAACAGGAGAAGGCACUAUAAAGGCAGAGCAGAGAGAGAUCUGAAAAUGUUGGCCUUGCAGAUUGGAGUGAUGUGGCCACAAGCCAAGGAACACUUUCCAGAAGCUGGAAGAGGCAAGGAACGGAGCCUGCAGAACAAGUGUGGCCCAGCUGACACCUUGAUUUCAGCCCAGUGAUACUGAUGUUUAAUUUCUGGCCUCCGGAACUGGAGGAGAAUAAAUUUCUGUUGUUUUAAGCCA